AUGGCUUCAUUUACUAAAUAAAUUUCUUAUUUCGUAUAAGGCUAAUUAAUUUUUGAAUAAUUUAUUUGGAAUAUACCACUCAUUCUAUUAUGUGGUUUAGGAGUAAUCAAUGAAAUGUAAACUAUUACUUAUAUUACAAUAUAAAACAAAGAAUAGAUUUUCAGUGGUUAAUCUGAAAUGAAUAUUUUAACAUCAAUAUCAAGGCCUAAUAUUUAUUUAGCAACUACUGUCAGUCAAUCAUAUUUGAUAUUUUGCUCUCUAUGUAUUUUGAUCAUAAGUUGUAUUGUCUUCUCUAAUAUAGUAAAAAAUAGGUCAACAGAUAUUGUUAUUAAAUUAUAAUUAACAAUAAGUAAAAGUUAGAGCAUGAAAAUUUUGAUGUAAUUCAUUAAUAUUUCAAUUAACUUAAUAAAAUAUGGUUUUGGAUAUAUGGCAAUAGAAAUAUGUUUAAAAAAUCUAAAGGCUAAUCUAGACGAUAUAUUUUAGAUUUUAAUAAAUUUAAUUAAUAUACUUGUGAUUCUAAUCACGCUUUUAUUUUUUACAAACAUGUUCACCUAUAACUGGGCAUUAGAUUUUAAAAGAGAACAUUUAUUAAUUAAUGAUUCUUAUCUUACAUAUUAUAGAAUUUUUAUUAGAUGCUUUUAAAUAGUAAUCCUAAUAUAAGAUUAAUCCAAUUUAUUUUUUCAAUACGUUUAGAUAUUUUUACCAAUAAUAUCAUCCUUUUUAUUGAUAUAUUAAAUCUAAAUAUAGAAACAAUUAAUAUACGGACCUUAUUAUUAAGUAAUCUUGAUUAUAGCUGUAAUCACAUUGAUUAUAAGUUUUUAGUUUUUAUUUCAUCAAUUCUAUCCUUAGCAAAAAAUUCGAUCAUUAUGGAUUUUGCUAUCAAUAUUGCCUUACUAGAUUUUUUAAUAUUAUGCAAGAAGAGAUUUAAUUUAAAAUUUCAUUAAUUUUUUAGAAUGUAACAUAUAAAAUUCAAAUUAUGUGAUGUUUUAAAUAAUUUAUAAUGUAAGCUUAAACAAACGUAUCUUUUAAUCUGACAUGGUAUAUCUAUUAUUUUUAUAAAAACAUUCUACAAUAUGCUAAGAUAGUAAAUGUAGAUGUAAAUAUAGAUUAUAAGAAGUAGAGUUUUAAACAUUGUCUCAUGAAAUUUUCUUUAAGGAACUUUUACAAAAGCAUCAAAGACAAUUAUUAUAAAUAACUAAAAGAAACAUUUCUGAACCAUUGAUAUUCAGUUAUCUUUAAUUACUUUUUUUUCACAAGAAAUAUCUUCUCAAUUAUAAACUUUUCAAAAUCAUUUUUAAUAAAAAUAAAAAAUAUAAGUAGUAUUCUGCUUUAGAUUCAUCAAUAAAUCGUUCUACUAUUCAAAUUAAUUCAUUUCACAAGUUACUGGUAUUAAAAGUUGCUUAAGACCUUUAAAGACUUGAUAUUUAAAAAUAACUCUAAAAUUAAAGAUCUUCCUUAAAAAUUGAAUCUUAAUAAAUCCACCUUAGUAUAUUUGAAUAUUUAAAAAUUACAAAAUAAAAUGCUUUUAUUUAAGAGAAAUUAUCCAAAAUCAUUGAAACUAAAAUUAAGUACUUUGAAUCUUUAUAUCAAUAAAAUAAUUAAGAAAAUUUAGAAUAGUUAGCUUUAAAUUCAAUAUCAGUAUAAAUUGAAGGAUUAAAAAUUAUCAAAGCUUCAUUUUAGCAAAUCUAAAGUAAAAAUUUUUCUUAAUUAAAGCUUAAAGAUAUUCAAAUAUUCUAAGAUUUUACAAUAUGGAAGUAUUAAAUGAUUUAAUUUCAGCUCAGUCUAUUAUUUAACCAUAAAUAAUAAAGGAAGAAUAUAAAAUUAAAUCUAUACUUUCAAAUUUAAAAAAUCAAUUUUCAAAUAUGUCUGUUUUAAUUUAAGAUUUAGAUAACAUACAGAUCACCAAACAUAAAUAUCAUUAAUCAAUAUAUCCAAAUAAAUUAAUUUAAUUAAGCUUUGAUCAAAUGAUACCACACUAUAUAAAAUAAAUUCAUAAGAAAUUAAUAGAAAAUUUUAUCUCUGGAAACUAAAACAAAUAUUAUUAAUAGAUUAAUUAAGCUUACAUUGAGCACCAAUCAUGUUUGUGUAUAAAGAUAGAUUUGAUUAUGGAUAUAAGCCUAUUAAAUUUAGAAUCUAUUGAAAUAAUUAUAUUUUUCUAAAAAAAACAUGAAGAAGCUUAUAGUCUAUUUUUAGAUGAAAACCAUAAAAUUAUUAAUAUUGAAGAAGAACUUUUUUGUUAAAUAUUGAAUAUUGAUAAGAUUUUCGCAAAUUAAUUAUAUGGAUUGAAUAUCAAUUUAUUUCUUGAUAAUUUCUCUUCACUAAAAUAGAAUGAAAAACAUUUCUCUUUUUUUUUCCGUUUUUUUGAUUAAAGAAAGCUGAACUUGUUGACUUAAAGAAAAUUUGAUUACUCAAUAUUUACAUAAAAAGAUAUGAUACUUUAUUAAUGUGAUCUUGAAGUAAUAUCUAGAUAAAUUACAGAUGAGUAAAUUUUUUAUUAAAUUAUUUUAUCAAACAUUAAACAAAUCAAUGGGGAAGCAACAAUUUAAAAUUUAUAAAAAUAAAAUAAUCAUCCUUUAAUAAAUGAAUCAAUAAUAAUAGACAAACCAGAAGAUUUUAAUGAAAAAUUUAAUAUUAAUGUUAUAAAUGCUUAAAACAAUAAUGAAUAUUAAAUCCUAUAAGAUGAAUAAGUUAUUUGUAACUAUUAAUAAGAUGAAAUCUUGUUUACUCCUAAAAUUGGAGAUGAAAAUUAAAUUUUAAGUUAAGGAAUAGAAGAUAAAACAGUUAAAUAAUCAAGUGAUAUAGAAUAACACACAGAAUCUGUUUCAUUACAAUCCUCAUUGUCAGCAAUCGAAAAAUCAAAAUUUUAUAAGUAGUUUUUAUUAGUUUAAAGUUUAACUACUUGCAGAAAACUACCAAAUGUAUUUUUAAGAAAAAGUCUUUUGAUAUUGUUAUUCUUAAUAAUAUCAAUUAUUGGAUUAUUUUUGGUAAAUCUUUGUCUUAUUGCUAGUAUUUUUUAACCAUUUCCAAUUUUGAUCUUCUUUUCAAUGAUUUCAAAUUACUGAGUUUUAAAAACAAUGUUUUUUAACCAAUAUCAUCUUUUACUCUAAUAAGAUUUUCAAUUAUUAAUUAUAACAUAGAAUUAUAUUACAAUUUAAUAUCAGAAUAAUAAUUUUAAGAAUUGUUAGAUUAUCCUAAUUCCAAAAUUAUAGAAAGUUAUGAAAAACUAAAAUCAGAAAUCACAAAAUUUUUGGAAUAAAAAUUAUUUUUUUCACACUAUUCUUAAUAAUCAUUUUAGUUAUAAUUCUUAGAACAUGAAAGUUAGGGUAGUGCAUAAGAAUUUAAUUUAAGAAAUAGUCUAAUAAUUUUACUAAAUUAUUAAUAUGAUUCUUAAAUUGUAUAUAGUAAUGGAUAAACAGCUGAUUAAAAAAGCCCAUAUUUUUAUUAUUCAUAUAAAAACUUUAACACUCUAUUAAAUGCCUUUUAAUAUGUUGACAAUUAAGCCUUAUAUCAAGUGAUUAAAACUUCUUUAUAUUACGAAACCCAAUUAUAAGAUAUAAAGAUAUAUAGUAUACUGAUAAUGAGUAUUAUUUAAUUAUUGAUCUCAAUGAUGCAUUAUUUAUAGUGUUUACAAAGAGAAAAAUUAAGAUAAUUAUUAUUUAAUUAAGAAAAUACUCAUAUAGCAUCAGAAAUUUAAAGACUUUAGAAUCUUAAAGAUUUAGUGAUUAAAAAUUAUACUUAAAUUUUGAAUUAUAAAUUUAAUUUUUAAGAAAAAGAUAACCAUUUUACAAAUAUUAAAUUAUUAAUAUCUCAUUUUAAUUAGAAUAAAAAUAGAAAAAAGUUAAUAAUUACAAUAGAAUUUUUAAAUUUAAAAACAUUUUUACUAAUUAUUUCUCAUUUCUUAAUCUUAAUUGCUAUAUAUUUAGGAUUAGAAAUUGAAAUGUCUAAUAAAUAUGUUUAGAUUAGGAAUGCAGCUUAAUUUUAUGAAUAGCUUACGAGAUUAAAUGUAAAUAUUUUAGUUAUGUAUGCAUCGAGAGAAGUCUUAUAUUUUAGAUAAAGUUUCACCUUUCUAAAUCAAAAUGAUAUAGAUAAAUAUUAUCAAAAUUGUAAAUAAGGUAUAAUUUAAUUGGAAGAUCAAAUUACUCAUUAAUAGAUAUUUUAAUAUAAUUCUCAUUAUAUUGAUGAUAGUUUUAAUUAACUUAUCAAUAAAUUUAGCUAAUAGAAUCUUUGCGAUUAGUUAGAGGUAUUUUUUGUAAUAAUGUAGGCAAUUGACAAAACUUUAACAGUAUGUAAUAAAGCAUUAUCUGGUAGUUUAGAAAAGGGGUUAAUAUCUACAAUUGUAGAUAUCAAAAAUUCAUUUAAAUAAGAAUUUGAAUAAUCAAAUUUCACUAAUCGCAAUACUUUUCCAAUUUAUGAAUUAGAGGGGAUUACUAUUGUUAGCUAUGCAUUAUAAUAUCUAAUAGAGAACUUUUAUUCAAUCUUGUAUGAGAAAUGUUUAGAAUUAUAAUUUUAAUAUAGUGUAAAAUUUAUAAAAAUAACAAAUAGAUUAUAAUAAUACUAUGCUUGGUAUCUAGUAUUAUCUAUGGAUUAAUAUUAUUAAAUUUUACAUAAAAAAUCGAUAACAAAAAAUAUGAGUUAAUGA